CAGUCAGAUCUGGCUGAACGUGACGUGCCGACUCGGAGCCGAGCGAGGUUUCCUUGCGGAGCUGCGGAGGGAGCUGGUGGUGUCCGUCCGUUCUUGUGUCUGUCUGUCUGGGACACAAAAACCCUCCUCUCUUUUCGGCUGGACACGGCAUCCGCGGCUAUGGAUCCAUCGCUGUCCUCCUCCUGCUUUCGCCGCUGAGGGACGUUCCUCCGUCGGAUGCUCCAGUGGCCAUAGAGGAGGGGAAGGAGGAGGAGGAGGGGGCAUCCCUAUCAUUCUUCGACUACCAGGCUGACUCACUGCUGGAGCGCCUGAACAUAGUAAAAGAAGAGGAAGAAGAAGAUAGAGUUCCAGAACAGGAUUGAAAGAAAACUAAAACAAGAAGAGAGCAAGAAGGAAAAGGGAGUGAGAGAAGGAGGGGAGCAGAAACCAACCAAAAGAGGUGAAGAAGACAAGGAAGGGUGAGGACGGGGAAAGUGAGGUCAGGUCGGCGGGCGAGAGGAGGAAAGAGAAAGUGAUUGUGAGAAAGAGAGAGAAUACAGGAACAAGUUCCGAGGUUAGGUGAGACUGGGUGCAGGUAGGACGGAGGUCAAGUGGUCAGACAGAAGGCUGGCUGAUUGAGCUUCAGCUGAACAAGCUGUCCCACUAGCACCACCAACCCCCCCUCCGACAGCUGUCCCUUCACCGUCAGCACACUGGGAGAACUGGGAGGACUGGUGACGAGGAGAAGCCACCAUGAGCGACCAGAACGUCGUCAAGGAAGGCUGGGUGCAGAAAAGAGGUGAGUACAUCAAGAACUGGCGACCACGCUACUUUCUGCUGAAGUCAGACGGCUCUUUCAUUGGCUACAAGGACAAACCACAGGACUCUGACCUGGCCUACCCGCUCAAUAACUUCUCUGUAGCAAAAUGCCAGCUGAUGAAGACGGAGCGCCCAAAACCAAACACCUUCAUCAUCCGCUGUCUGCAGUGGACCACUGUCAUCGAGAGGACGUUCCAUGUUGACACUCCUGAUGAGAGGGACGAGUGGGCUGAGGCCAUCCAGAUGGUGGCUGAGUCUCUGGCCAAGCAGGAGGAGGAGGGCAUCCUGUGCAGCCCCACCUCUCAGAUCGAGAACGUCAAUGAGGAGGAGAUGGACACCUCCAUCGGCCACUACAAACGGAAGACAAUGAAUGACUUUGACUAUCUGAAGCUUCUGGGCAAAGGCACGUUUGGGAAAGUAAUUCUGGUCAGGGAGAAGGCGAGUGGCACGUACUACGCCAUGAAGAUUCUGAAGAAGGAAGUCAUCAUAGCCAAGGAUGAAGUUGCUCACACGCUCACAGAAAGUAGGGUAUUAAAAAACACUCGGCAUCCAUUCCUAACUUCUCUGAAGUACUCGUUCCAGACGAAGGACCGGCUGUGCUUUGUAAUGGAGUACGUUAACGGAGGAGAGCUGUUUUUCCAUUUGUCAAGAGAAAGAGUUUUUUCAGAGGACCGGACUCGCUUCUACGGCGCUGAGAUCGUCUCGGCUCUAGACUACCUACAUUCUGCAAAGAUCGUCUACCGAGAUCUGAAGCUGGAGAACCUCAUGUUGGAUAAAGACGGACACAUUAAGAUCACAGACUUUGGCCUCUGCAAAGAAGGGAUCACUGACACUGCCACCAUGAAAACCUUCUGUGGAACACCUGAGUACCUGGCUCCUGAGGUGCUGGAGGACAAUGACUACGGACGGGCGGUGGACUGGUGGGGUUUGGGUGUGGUGACGUACGAGAUGAUGUGCGGCCGCUUGCCGUUCUACAACCAGGAUCACGAGAAGUUGUUUGAGCUCAUCCUCAUGGAGGAGAUCAAGUUCCCACGCACCCUGUCAGCCGACGCCAAGUCGCUGUUAUCAGGACUGCUCAUCAAAGACCCCAACAAACGGCUUGGCGGCGGACCGGAUGAUGCUAAGGAGAUCAUGCGACACAGUUUCUUUGGCACAGUCGACUGGCAGGAUGUCUACGACAAGAAGCUGGUUCCACCUUUCCAGCCGCAGGUCAGCUCAGAGACAGACACACGCUACUUCGACGAGGAGUUCACAGCACAGACCAUCACCAUCACUCCGCCAGAAAAAUAUGACGAGGACGGGAUGGACGCGGCGGACAACGAGCGAAGGCCUCAUUUCCCACAGUUCUCCUAUUCAGCCAGUGGACGGGAGUGAGCGCUCCGGCCCAGCAAGCCAGUAUUGUCCCCAUCCGUGGCCAUUUUGAGGAAAACACGUAGCCAUUUUAGGAAAAAAAAAGUACCAGUCUCCCCUCUUUUUCUCCUUCUCUGCCUCCUCACAGACGGGGAGAAGUCUUUUUAGGGACUUUAAAAGAGGUUUUUGCACAGUGGGAUAGACACCAGCCGGUCUCCCCACACUAAAAAAAAUAAGUCUCCUACAUUUUCAGCGCUAUUUACUGCAGAAGGCAAUGUUUUUGUUAUUUAUUUUUUUUCUCUCCGUCAGUAUUAAGUCGUCAACCCGGGUUACAUCUUUUUUUUUGUUUGUCUGUUUGUUGUGUCUUCCCUUUUUCUUCUUUUGACUUUUUUGCACUUGGUUUGGAAGAGCCGUUUUAGGGAACAAAAAACCAAAAAUGUUGCCUUACAUGUGCAGAUGUUUCGUAUCAUACUGACAGGGUGUUUUUGUUUGGGAGAGGGCGGGCGGGUUUUUGGGGAUGUGAGGGGGUCAUCCUUAGUCGAGGAUAAGUGCAUGGCUCGUGGUUCACUCAAAAAAAGUACAAAAAGAAACACAUUUCUUUCUCAUCCAUAUGCCAUGGCAUCGCACAUUCCCCAUUCCCAUGGCGAUGAAAAUCACUGUCUACAGAUAACAACAAAAAGAAAAACAAAAAAACAAGAAAAAAACAAAAGAAAGACAUAAAAUGAGGAUUGAGGGGUCUGUAUCAUUCCAGUCAUCAUUGCAAUGUUACUACUCUUCUUUUUUUUUUCAACCCCAAGUUUUUUCUCUCACGCGCUUUACUCCUUUUAGUUUGUCUUUUAUUGAAACAGGAAACACAAAACUGCCAGAAACUGCACAGUUCACUCAGGCGCCACAGAGCACAACCGCGUUCAAACUCAGCCUACCGCUCCAGCUUUCCACAGCCGGCAGGGAACGAGGCCUUUCUCUGCUCUCACCGUUUGUACUCCUCCUCUUCUUCUCCUCCUCUUCUUCACUUCCUCCUCUUCUUCACCUCUGCUCUUCUGUUUCUUCAUUGUAGCUGUAGGACUAGUGGAAUGGGUGUUUACACAGGGACAUGUGGCUUAAUGUAUGUAUGUAAUGUAUGUAUGUACUGUAUGUAUGUGGGACAUGGGGGUCAAAUGUAUGCUGUCAUAGCACACACACACAUCUACACACAAACAUAUACUCACAUCGUCAUGCACACAGAUCAGACUCAAGUCUGCACUUUGCUCCAAACUAAACAAGUUUGUCAUUUUCCAAAAUGAACAGAACGCCUGAUGUGUAUACCACAAAGCAGAUCAACAUACCCAAGCUCUUUGACUUAGCUGGCUGGAUAAAGCCUGAAGUUGCAGAUCAAGAUUUUGGGUAUCACAAAGGUGGUUAUGAUCUUUCUCUGUUAACUCAGACUGCUGCAGGCUGUGUGCGGGCUCACCUGAAAGGAGACAUUUAGCUCGUCAUUUGACGCUUCUUCUGCACAAAGAAGAAAGUUUACUGGCAGUCUGCUUCUGUCAGACUAAAAUCAUGAGAAGAAAUAAUGAAUAGUUUGUGGUAAUAAACUUCACUGCUGCUUCACGGACGGAGAGGGACGCUUCAGUAAAAUAUUGUUAUUUUAAUUGAUUUUGCCAUCAGACAAACUGUUGGUGCUUUUUGUUUAUUUCUAAUUUGACAACUAAACAAAGUAAACUUUAACUUUGACAAUAAUACACGACAUUUCAGCACUAAAAGAAGCAACUGUUAUGGUCAGAUAGCCUUUUACUUCAUGAAGAUAUGUUAAAUAACAUUUCAUCUUUCAUUGAUGAAGACUAAUCAGUAUUAUUAUCUGUGAUUUCAGUGUAAAACCUGCUGCGUUAAACACUUCAGGAUAUUAGGAGCAAAUAUAAAAACACAACGCUUCUUAAUUCAAAGUGGUGCAACGGAUGACAAAUCAUUUUGUCUCAGAUCAAUCAAAGAAAAAAAAAAA